CUCUCUCAAACGACAAUGUCAUUCAGCGAUCUACGAGCCUCCAGAAAGACAAAAUCUUAUGUGAACGGACCAUCCACGAAGAAGGAAGCCAGGGAGGUACCUUCGGAACAACAGCCAGCGGUGGAAUCUGCUCUACCUAGCAAUGGACUUUAUCGCGACUUGCCUCUUAGCAUAGAGGUUCGGACUUGUGAUAUCUCAGGACGGGGCCUAUGGAGCAAAGUAAAUCUCGCAGCAGGCCAGGUUCUGUUUGCUGUACAACCUCACGUCGCAGUGCUUUCAACAGAAAAAAUGGAUGGAUACUGCUCGGCGUGCUUUGGACUUCCACCUCCUUCCGGCCUGAAGCGAUGUACCCAGUGUCGUUCAGUGUGGUACUGUGAUUCGACCUGCCAAACUAAAGACUGGUCUGUCCACAAACAUGAAUGUACAUCUCUUCAGCGUUGGUCUAAAGCAGCACCCUCUGAUGACCUUUCGAUACCUAGCGAUGCCAUACGAUGCAUGGGUCGCAUCUUGUGGAUGAGACAGAAGAAAAGAGUAGAUAGUGUCUGGACCAGAGAGUUGGAUGCCAUGCAAUCCCACAGGAAAAAUCUGCCGCUCUCUGCCUCGGAAAUGCAUACACAUCUUGCUCAUUCACUAGUUCAAUAUCUGGGACUCUCCUCCCCCGACGAUUUACGACAGUUUGGAAUCAACUCAUCGGGUGAUCUUGUGGAUUUGAUAUCACGGUUCACCACGAAUACUUUUACCAUCACAGACGCCGCGUUGUGCCCUCUCGGAGUAUCCGUUUCGCCUGCAGUCGCACUCAUAAAUCAUUCCUGCGAUCCGAACGCUGUCAUUGUAUUUCCUCGGGUAUCGGCCCAUCCGCAAGCAGACGAACCACUUAUGCACGUCGUCGUGCUACGCAAUAUUCUACCUGGCGAAGAGAUCGUGACGGCAUACAUCGAUACAACUCUGCCCCGAUCCCUUCGGCAAGGAAGUCUCAAAGAAACUUAUCACUUUGACUGCAGGUGUCAACUGUGCAGAUCACCUCCAGAUAUGGAUCCUCGGGAGUCCAUGUGGUGCACAAAAGCAUGCGGAGGAAUGUGUCCGCUACCGACGGAAGAGAACCCGCUCACCAGAUGCAAUGAAUGCAACUCGGCUGUUCAGUCAACCGAUGCGGUGUUAGAUGCGGUUCGUGUAGGCCAAGAAGCACUCGACAAAGCUAUAGUUGUACAAUUCAAAGAUCCAGCAAAAGCGAGACAACUGUCGACUAAGCUCAUUCCUAUACUCACCUCUGCGGGUCUCACGCCUUCCUGUCAUCCUCUCCUCGGGCUAACUAUUUUACAUAAAUCCUUCCUCAUAUCAUCAUUCUCGUCAUCGUGCACACAAGAAUACCUUGAUAAUACCGUCCGAGUGGCGACGAAAGCGCUUACAGGAUUGGUCAGUAUUCACAGAGAAGGUCAUCCGGUACUUGGAAUUGCGCUCGCUGAAUUGGCCAAGAUACUUGCUGUGGAUGAACCUUCGCCGCGUGAGACCAAUGAACCGGGGUUCUACCCUCCGUCUGGUCCACCGAGAUUGAACCUCGCUUAUGAUACGUUCAUACGCGCGAGGAAUUCACUUAUGAUUGGCUUUGGUCGGAUGAAUGAAGGUGGAGAGAUUGGCCGCCAUGUUCGGGACGCCAUUGUAUCGCUGGAGAAGGAGAUUGGGGUUUGGAAACAGGGUGUCCGGAACGUUUUUCAGGAUACACCCAAAUCAAAGUGAUCUUGUCACGCGUUUGCAGAUGCCGCCCAAAACGACAAGUCAUUGGGUAUAGUUGACCGAAUGAGCUCAUGCGUGUAUUAUAUGAACUCGCCCGAAACUCAGAACAAACUCAGUAGAUUUCUGUUCGUUCUGAACAUCCUCC